AUGACUAGAAAGAAGGUCAGCCUGACCUACAUCACUAAUGACUCUGCUAGAAAAGCCACAUUCAAGAAAAGGAAGAAGGGUUUGAUGAAGAAGGCGAAUGAACUUAGCACCCUUUGUGAUAUUCAAGCAUGUGUUAUUAUUUAUAGCCAGUAUGAAUCUCACCCUGAAGUUUGGCCAUCCCCUUUGGGAGUGCAACGCAUUGUCUCACAAUUCAGGAGCCUGCCAGAGAUGGACCAGAGCAAAAAGAUGGUCAACCAGGAGACCUUUCUGAGGCAGAGGAUUGUGAAGGCCAACGAGCAGCUGAAGAAGCUGAGGAAGGAGAAUCGGGAGAAGGAGAUGUCGAGGGUCAUGUUUCAGAGCCUGACUGGUAAGCCUCUGCAGGGACUGACCAUGAUUGAUCUGAACGACCUCGGGUGGCUCAUUGACCAGAACUUGAAGGAGCUGGUUGACAAGAUCAAGACCCGGAAGGAGGAGCUGGCUCAGAGAAAUCCAGUCAGAGUCCCACCAACUCCAGCAGCUGUGCCUGCAGCUGGAGACCAUGCCCUGAACCUGAACAUGCAUGCAACAAUGGAGAGACAAGCUUUCGGGCUUAGCAACAUGGGCAACACCAUGCAGAGGCCUUCAUGGUUCACAGACAUGAUGAACCCUAAUGAGCAAAUGGGGUUUGGUGCUGUGGCUGAGGUUCGGCCCCUUGGGGAUCAAUACCAUCAUGGUCUUUGGCCUAACAAUCCUUUUUUUCCUUGA